AUGCCUUCAUCAUCGCCCACCAUCGAACUUGACCAAACCUUCCACCACCGCACUACCACCCACACAUACCAAAUCCGCUGGACAUCCCUCGGCAACCCAGAAUUACCCCCUCUAGUCUUCGUGCACGGCACACCGUGGUCUUCGCGUGUAUGGCACAAUUACGCCCAAUCCUUCGCAAAAUAUUUCCACGUCUACCUCUUCGACAAUCCCGGUUUCGGCACUAGCCCUCUCGGCCAGCCCCUCCCCGACAAAGAAGAGCUCAUCAGCGACGAAGUCGCUCUAGAUGCAGACCUCUCGCAGCAAUCCGCGGCUUUUGCAGCGCUUUUUACCCACUGGGCACAAAGCUGGCGGCAUAAGCCCCAUGUAGUUGCCCACGAUCACGGCGGUUUGAUGACUCUCCGGGCGCAUCUUCUACACAACUGCGACUACGCGAGUUUGUGCUUGAUCAACGUGGUUGCGAUAGGGCCCUUCGGCCAGCCUCUGUUUGAACUGGUCGCUGCCAACCAGGGCGUGUUUACCGGGCUGACGGGGCCAGUGUUUGAGGGGGUGGUUGAGGCGUAUAUUAGGGAUGCAUCGCAUCAGGGCCUGGGAGCGGAGACGAUGGAAAUGUUGAAGGGCCCGUGGGUUUCUUCUGAGGAGGGGAGAAGGGGGUUUGUGAGGCAGAUGGUACAGGCAAAUAGCCGGAGCUCCCAGGAGGUGGAAGAUAUGUAUCCGGAAGUGGGGAAGAAGAUGCCGGUGCGGAUUAUCUGGGGACAGGAGGACCGGUGGAUUCCCGUGGAGACGGCGGAGAGGUUGAAAGAGAAAUUGAAUGCCCGGGAAGUGGUGCUUAUCCAAGGAGCUGGGCAUUUGGUCAUGUAUGACCAGGAGGGAAAGUUGGGAGUUGAAUUGGGUUGGUGGUUGAGCCAAGUUAGGCCGAUGUAG